AGGCAAAAGAUUGGAGGAGGGGAGGCAAGAGAUUCGAGGAGAGGAGGAAGAGACCUCCCUGACGAUGCUCAUGGCGGGGACUUCGACGCGGAGGAAGGCCGUGAUCCUCCUGACGGCGGCGCUCGGACUGGCGCUGCUGGCCUUCCCGGGCUCGGCCAAGGGCGCAGCCACGCUCUCCCGGCACAGAAGGCAAGGUAACGACAACGAGACCAUCACCUUCCAGCUGGGGACCGAAGACCCGUCCGCCUGCACCACGCCGCUCGGGCUGAAUGGCAACUGCAAACCGUUAGUUAGCUGUUCUGUCCUCUACGAUCAGCUGAGGAACAAUCCGCCGAUUGAAUUUAUCAAUCUUUUGAGACAGAGCAUUUGCCGCUUCGAGAAGUCCUCGCCCAUCGUCUGCUGCCCGGAAAGCUCGGCCGUCGUGUCCACCGAGGCGCCGGUCAUCACCACCCCCAGUACGACUCCCAGCACCACGCCCAGCACCACUCCUAGCACCACGCCCAGUACGACACCCAGUACCACUCCUAGCACCACGCCUAGCACUACCCCUAGCACAACGCCUAGUACUACUCCUAGCACAACGCCUAGUACCGAACCAACCACUGCGCAACCCACAGCGCCCCCAGUCCUCACAGGAGAAGAUCUCCUUCCUGAGGAAUGUGGCAGACCCGACUUCGUCCUCAGGAUCGUGCAAGGCAAGAAGGCCGCUGAAGGCGAGUUCCCGUGGAUGGCUGUUCUAGGCUACGAGGAUGGACGGGGUCAGGUGAGCUUCCUCUGCGGCGGAGCUCUCAUCACCAACCAGCAUGUGGUGACAGCGGCUCACUGCAUUCACGACCGAAGUGAUCUGGCGGUCGUGCGCCUGGGCGAGCACGACCUCGACAGGGAAGACGAGGUCGAGCACAUGGACUUCGAGAUCGCCGAGAAGAUGGUCCACGAAAAGUUCAACACCGUGUCCUUCGCGAACGACAUCGCCGUCCUCAAGCUCAACCGGCCGGUCACCUUUGGCAAAUACGUGAGCCCCGUCUGCAUGCCUCUGAUCGACGAACUCCUCCAGAGUAACCUGAAGGUCAACGACGGCAUCAUCGCCGGCUGGGGAUCGGUCUCGUUCAAUAACGUGUCGUCAUCUGUGCUGUUGAAGGCUAGAGUGCCGCUCGUAGAGGAGGCAACAUGUCGUAAGAAAUAUGAAGUAUUCCGACAAGUUUCCAUUGACAGUACAACCCUCUGCGCCGGCAAUGGCACCACGGACGCAUGUCAGGGCGAUUCCGGCGGUCCCAUGAUCAUCUACCGUCAGAACCGGGCUUACCUCGUCGGCGUGGUGUCCUUCGGCUUCAGGUGUUCGGAGCCAGACUUCCCCGGCGUGUACACCCGAGUCACCGAGUAUAACGACUGGGUCAUCUCCAAGCUGCAGGGCAGAGCACGGCGGGAGGCUCCUCUGUUUAUUGAAUGAGACGGCUGGGGGAAGCGGCAGACUCUCCUGUGCGAUUUCUUGUUUUUCUAUUGCUAAUUAGGUUACUACAGUGUACCUCCCAUGUCUUCUUCAUUCGUUCGUUGUUGCGCGUUUCUGGUGGGAGCAGGCAGGAGCGACCAAACGCUGCGCACUGGCAGAAAGUGCAACAAAAUACUGUUGAUUGACGACUUAUUUACCUUGACCAAUCAGCACCCUACACGUGGCGGAUAUGGACUGGCGGACUGUUUAACCUCCCUUCAAAAAUUUGACCGUUAGAUUCACGAGUUUUUGAAAGAACUGAAUUUUUUAUUUGUUUUUAUCAGAGAGGCCAGUCUGCUUUCUUUAUCUUCUGCAUUCACCAUUCAUGGCAUUUUGAUAUUACGUAGAUAUUUAUACCGUUAGGCGUAUUAUACAAUGGAAUGAGAUAGAAAUGCAUGUUUAUGAGAAUAUCAGCCAAUGUUUUCGCUUCAGUAAUGGGCUGCUUUGAAAAUACUAAGUAAUCCUCAUUUAACUUUGUUACUACAAGAAGAACAUUUUGAAAAUAAUCGUUUCAAGCCAAAGACGCCUUAAAUUACGUUAGUCACCGAAGUUUAGUUGCUUAGAUGUUGCCACGUUUCGUCACUGUGAGAUUAAAGUAAAAAUCCCGCUAAUUCAACCUAGAUUAGCGCGUUGCAUUUGGGUCAAGAGGAUUACAGACACUUUCUAUCUUCAAAAGUUACCUUUAGUGUCUUUUAAAGAAAUUAAAGAAAAAAAACUAUUUAGGAUAAAUAAUGUUCUUGUGAAUAUGCUCCAGUGAUCGAAACUCAAUGAACUGUGGUAAUUUUUGUUUACAUUGUUGAAAAGGUAUUUUCAUGAUUGGAUGCUAUUCUGUUUCACUGUGAUAAUCCUGCUGAUAUUAUCAUAUCACUGAAUAAAAGAUGGAUAAAAAGA